AUGCUACGAUCAAGAUUGUUUCCAAGCCUUCGGGUACUGCCCAUUCGCCAUGCCAGAUCCUUUGGCUUCUCCAGCACCGCCAGCCCCGCCAGCACCUCCCCAUCCAUGAACAUCCCUAUGCCGUAUAUCGAAGAGACUUCAGCAACUGGCAGAAAAACAUGGGACAUCUUUUCAAAGCUCCUACAGCAACGAAUAAUAUGUUUAAACGGCGAAAUCGACGACUACAUGUCAGCUUCCAUAGUAGCACAGCUUCUUUGGUUGGAAUCAGACGCCCCCGAGAAGCCCAUUACGAUGUACAUCAACUCACCGGGCGGCUCCGUCACAUCAGGCAUGGCGAUAUACGAUACGAUGACCUAUAUCAAAUCUCCCGUCGCGACCGUAUGUAUCGGAGGUGCCGCGUCCAUGGCAGCUAUCCUACUAGCUGGUGGCGAGGCAGGCAAGCGCAGUGCCCUUCCACAUAGCUCCAUCAUGAUCCACCAGCCAUUGGGCGGCACUCGAGGGCAGGCAUCGGACAUUUUGAUCUACGCGAACCAGAUACAAAAGAUACGAGAGCAGUCUAACCAAAUUAUGCGAUACCACUUGAAUAAGGCAAAAGGAUUUGACAAGUAUAGCCUGGAAGAGAUUAACGAUCUCAUGGAGAGAGACAAAUACCUAAGUGUGAACGAAGCGCUGGAGCUGGGAGUCAUUGAUGAGGUAUUCACAACGAGAAAGGAAAAGGAUACCGAGCCAAAGAAGGAGGAAGAGGAGGAGAGAAAGUACUAA